UUCCACCCACUUGCUCUGCCACUUUUCCUUAACAGUCUCUUACAUAAUCUGGCCCAACUCUUGGCAGUUAGAAUUUGAGGUGUAGAUAUUUCUGCAGAGAAACUUGGUAAAGUGGAGGGGAAAAAAAAAAAGAACUAGUCUUAUCCUUCUUGUCUCUAACUCCAGCCCUGAUUAGACUAGAUUCAUGGCUCAGAGCGUAAACUAAUGUAUCCUCCAUCUCAUUCUUCCUUCUGUCCUUGUGACUUUCCACAGAGAAAAGCUGUUAGCGCAAUGGCCUGGGAAAAUCACUCUGUGUUGAUGGAAUUUGUGCUCCUGGCUUACCCCUCCUGCCCUGAGCUGCGUGUCCUAUCCUUCCUUGCUGUCAGCCUGCUUUAUAUGCUUAUCCUCACCGGGAAUGUCCUUAUUGUAGCGUCCAUUCACACAGAAGCCCGUCUGCACACACCCAUGUACUAUUUCCUGGGAAGCCUGGCAGGGGUAGAAGUAUGCUACACUGCUGUGGUGGUGCCCCACAUCCUGGCCAGCAUCCUACAGUCAGAGAAGACCAUCUCCCUCCUGGGCUGUGCCACUCAGAUGGUGUUCUUCAUCGGACUUGGCAGUGCUGACUGCUUCCUCUUGGCCACCAUGGCCUAUGACCGGUAUGUUGCCAUUUGCCAUCCCUUGCAGUACCCUGUUAUCAUGACAUUGACUCUUUGUGUCAGCUUGAUUGUGGCCUCUGUGGUCAUUGGUUUGUUCCUGUCCUUACAACUGGUGGCCUUCAUCUUCUCUCUGCCAUUCUGCCCGGCUCGGGGUAUCAAGCACUUCUUUUGUGAUGUGCCCCCAGUCAUGCAUCUUGUUUGUGCCCACAGCCACAUCCAUGAGCACUCAGUGCUGGUGGCAGCCACUCUAGCCAUUACUGUGCCUUUCUUCCUCAUCGCUACCUCCUACGCCUUCAUAGUGGCCGCCGUGCUCAAGAUCCACUCGGCAACUGGUCGCCGCCGAGCCUUCUCCACCUGCUCCUCCCACCUCACCGUGGUGCUGCUGCAGUACGGCUGCUGCGCCUUCGUGUACCUGCGCCCCAACUCCAGCUACUACCCCAAGCAAGAUCAGUUCAUCUCACUGGUGUACACAUUAGGAACCCCACUGCUCAACUCACUCAUCUACACCCUGAGGAACAGUGAGAUGAAAGGGGCCAUAGGGAGAGUUCUAACCCGGAAUUGCCUCUCCCAGAACAGCCAGGAUAGGGGAGGGUGCAAUCUAUCAGCCAUGUGA